UUUCGUAUUUGUCUUUACUACAAAAUCCAUUUCUUGCCAAAACAAAACUCUAUAAAAGAGCAUAUGCCACAACUCUUUGGAAAACCAAUUGGACUAAAUAAACCUUCCUUUUCACUCCUAAAAUGAUGUUUUUGAACUUGGUUUCCAUCUUCCUUUUUGCAUCUUUCCUCUUUCUAUUAAAGAAAUGGAUGAAUUCGAAAAACCAAGCCAAAAGAUUGCCUCCAGGUCCAUGGAAACUACCUAUUCUUGGAAGUAUGCUUCAUAUGGUAGGUGGACUUCCACAUCGUAUCCUAAGAGAUUUAGCUAAAAAAUAUGGACCACUUAUGCAUCUUAAACUAGGUGAAGUUUCUGUGGUUGUGGUUACUUCACCUGAGAUAGCAAAAGAAGUACUAAAAACUCAUGACCUCGCUUUUGCAUCUAGGCCAAAACUUUUGGCAGCCGAAAUUGUCUUGUAUAACUCUUCCGAUAUUGCCUUUGCUCCCUAUGGCGAUUACUGGAGACAAAUGCGUAAAAUUUGUGUCUUGGAAGUGCUCAAUACCAAAAAUAUUCGGUCAUUUAGCUCGAUUAGACGAGAUGAAGUUUUUCGUCUCAUUCAAUUUUUUCGAUCAUCUUCUGAUAAGCCAGUUAAUUUUACAAAAAGGAUCUCUCUAUUCACGAGCUUUAUAAUCUGUCGAUCAGCAUUUGGGACAGUAUUCAAGGAGCAAGAUGAAUUUAUACAAGUAAUGAAAAAUGUUACAGCUUUACUGGAAGGGCUUGAUGUGGCUGACAUAUUCCCUUCACUAAAGUUUCUUCAUGUGCUCACUGGAAAAAGGGAUAAAGUUAUGAAUCUCCACCAUAAGGUAGAUUCCAUUGUUGAUAAUGUCAUAAAUGAGCACAAGAAAAAUCUUGCAACUGGCAAGUUCAAUGGUCAAUUAGGAGGUGAAGAUUUAAUUGAUGUACUACUAAGACUUAUGAAAGAUGGAGACCUUCAAUUUCCAAUCACCAACGACAACAUCAAAGCUAUUAUUUAUGACAUGUUUGCCGCGGGGACAGAAACAACAUCAACCACAAUUGACUGGGCUAUGGUGGAACUGAUUAGGAAUGCAAGUGUAUUCGCCAAAGCUCAAGCAGAGGUAAGAGAAGUCUUUCGCAGAAUAGAAACUUUUGAUGAAAAUGAUGUCGAAGAGUUGAAAUACCUAAAAUUAGUCAUUAAAGAAACUUUAAGACUCCAUCCUCCACUUCCACUUAUGCUCCCAAGAGAAUGUAGGGAAGAAACAAAUAUAAAUGGCUUUACUAUUCCUUUGAAAUCGAAAGUAAUGGUUAAUGUUUGGGCUAUCGGAAGAGAUCCGAAAUAUUGGGAUGAUGCAGAAAACUUUAAGCCUGAGAGAUUUGAGCAGAGCUCAGUAGAUUUUACUGGUAAUAAUUUUGAAUAUCUUCCCUUUGGUAGUGGCAGGAGAAUUUGCCCUGGAAUAUUAUUUGGUUUAGCUAAUAUUUAUUUGCCACUAGCUCAAUUAUGGUUAAAGAUUUGUGGGAUCAUGAUAUUUGUGUGAUCUCAUUAAGGGUAAAAUAUAUAAAAUGAAGAUUUUAAAGUUAGAUUAUUUCUAACUGUAAAAACAUAUUUUUUUUAAUGAACUAAUAAGAAAAGCGUGUGGUCUAAACGACCAAAAAAGGCCUCGUGGUAUGCGUCAGUUGCCAGAAAAUGAAGGGCAUGAAAUGGCUAAAAUUGUACCCCAAACCUACUUUUUGAUAAUUUUUCCAACAAUCAAACUUUUUCUUUAAGAAGGCAAAGCAACCAAAAAAACUAACUAGAACCCAAGUGAGGGGAUGAAGGGCCACCAAUAUAAGCAAUACAGACUACCCAAUUCAUAGUCAAGAAGUGAGGAAUAUGGUUGACAACAUCCUAGAAUUAUCAAUUUGCUAGAUAACACGUGAAUCAUACUAGAAUUGUCAAUUUGCAAAGCAACCCAACACCAUAUAUUCCCUUAUUUUCAUCUUUCCCUCUACUUCUCUCUCCGUUAAAAACUAGUUUUUCAGAUGCGCCUAAGUAGGCCGUAAAAAGUAAAAAUUUUAAAAAGUGAUAUUUGGAGUUAAGUUGAAAAAUAAUAUUUAGAAUUUAUAAUUAUAUUUGGACAUGCAUUUCACUUGAAAAAUAUAUUCAAUUUUAUGAGUGGGGGAAAAAAUUUCAAAAAUUUAUUGAAACACUCAUUUUUAAAAAUCUCACUUACAAAAAUUUAUGGACAACCACAUUUUUUGAAAAAACAAAUCGUAAAAAAAACAUUUAUGGACAAAAUGAGUUAUAGUAAUAAUGGAUCCAAAUUUGAACAUCACAGUCUGCGGUCCACUCAAAGCCCUUGCAUUGGAAACCGCCGAAAUUAAUAGGACCAAAGUAGAAAUAUUGUGUUAAAUCAUUAGUUUUUCAAUUUGAGAAUGAUAGAGUAUUGUCAAGUACUUCCUCUUUUUUCGUUUAUAUAUAGGUCUUACUUUUUUUUAUAGAUUCAACUCCCAUUCAUUUCUAGUCUUUUGAUUUCUCCAUGUCCGUUGGAUUAGAGAUACUUAUCAUGAUUAAAAUUAAUAAAUAAAAUUUAAUUGAAUAGUUUAAAUCUCUAAUCAUUAUUAAAGUAUUUAAUUUCUUCUUUUAUCAAUUCCCAAAUAAUAUCUAGCUAGUAGACCAAAGAAUAGAAUAAUUAAGUAUCGAAAUUCCACACGAAAAGGUUCAGUCAAGAAAUUCAAAUAUCAGAGUCCAUUCUUCCCAUACCAAAGAGUUCGGAUAGUAAAUUUCACAAACACAUAGUAUAUAAUUUUUCACUUGACAUUUGCCACACCAAGAAAAGCAUAAAGUAUCUGAGUUCUAAGGAAUCGAAUUAAUGGAUAAAGUAAAACCUGACAAAAAUUGGUGAGAUAUUACCAGAAAAAUGAAGUUUCGUGACUUCCUGUCUUAUUCUCUGUUUUUUCACUUGUUAUUUUUUUCUGUUGAUUUUAACCUAACAAUGACCUUCAAGAACUUGAUUUUCAUGAUAAAAAUCUGAAAGAUUUUCUCUGGUGCUAUGAUUUUCGGUGUUGCCUUAAGAGCAUAUGUAUUUUGGCACGAAGAGGGAGGAACUAUAGGAAGUUCUAUUACUAAGAGAGACAAAAAUUAUAUUUGGGAAUGGAUAAAAGAAAAAAUUAAAUACUUUAACUAUGGUUAGGACUUUAAUUUAUUCAAUUAAAUCUCAUUCUUUGAUAUUUAACUAUGAGAAAUAUCUCCAAUCUAAGUAGGAACUUGGAGAAAUGGAGAGACUAGAA